AUGGUAGAGGAGCCUCCUACUUUAGGCUCCUGCAGUUUUUCAAGCUUUGGUCAACGUAGUUCUCAGGGAUUUUUUGAACAUUUUCGUCUUUGUAUAUUUAGAUAUUCUGAUUUACUCAAAGAAUAUGCAGGAGCAUCGCAAACACGUUUGCCAAGUUCUUCAACGUCUCCUGGAGAACCAACUGUUCAUAAAAGCCAAGAAGUGAGUUUCACCAGUCAUCUGUCACUUUCCAGGGCUACAUCCUUGAGGGUGGACAGAUCUCUUUUUCCUGGUCAUCUGAAGCCGACGCGGCUUUUUGUACCCUCAAGGAGAAGUUCGCUUGUGCCCCCAUCUUGGUCCACCCGGAUUCUGCAAGACAAUUCAUCCUGGAAGCCGACACAUCGGACAUCAGGUUCAGCAAUACAGAGAGGAACUACGACGUGGGUGACAGAACUCCCGGGGAUAAAGUUGGCCCUUAAGGAGUGGCGCCACUGGCUUGAGGGGACCAAACAUGCCAUCCAAGUCUGGACUGAUCACAAUAAUUUGGCCUACCUACAGUCAGCCAAAAAGCUAAACCCACGUCAGUCUCGCUGGUCCUUAUUUUUCUCUCGUUUCGACUUAUGUAUUUCUUUCAGGCCUGGACCUAAGCCUGAUGCCUUCUCCAGACAAUUCGCCACAGACGAUUCGGUGAGGGAACCUGCACCCAUCAUACCACCCAGUUGGUCGGUCGGGGCACUUAGAUGGGAGAUUGAGGACACGGAGUUAAAGGCUCAACAACAGGAGCCCGAUCCUGGCAAUGGGUCACCUAACCGUAUCUACGUCCCAUCUACAGUGCGAGCUUGAUUAAUUAACUGGCUGCACACAGCAAGGUUUUCGGCUCAUCCAGGUGUUAGUAGAACUAAUGCAUUGGUUCAAAGGAGGUUUUGGUGGCCAACUUUACAUAAAGAUGUGAAGGAAUUUGUUCAGUCUUGUGCUACUUGUGCUAGGAAUAAGUCUUGCAACCAGCCCCCUGCAGGUCUUCUCCAACCUCUUAGCAUCCCAAGUCGUCUCUGGUUCACAUAGCUUUGGAUUUUGUUACUGGUCUUCCCCUCUCUUCUGGUAUGACAACUAUUCUCAUUGUAGACUGUUUUUCUAAAGCCUGCCAUCUCAUCCCUCUCAGAAAACUUCCUUCAGCCCUUCAAACCGCCAAACUCCUCACUAAACACAUCUUUUGUCUCCAUGGAAUUCCACAGGACAUUUGCCUGAUCGGGGUCCACAGUUCAUUUCAGGUUUGGAAACAGUUUUGUUUAGCUAUCGGAGCCAAGAUUUCAUUAACGUCAGGUUACCACCCACAGUCUAAUGGUCAGACUGAAAGAUUAAAUCAGCAGCUAGAAUUAACCCUACAAUGUCUCAUGUCCACUAACCCUUCUGACUGGUGUGCAUAUCUACCUUGGUUAGAGUGUGCUUUAAAUUCUCACAUCUCCUCUGCCACUGGACGUUCGCCUUUUGAGGCCUCACUGGGCUAUCAGCCACCCUCGUUUGCUGCUGAUAAAAGAGAGAUCACUGUGUCAUCUGUCCACCAACAUGUUCGCCGCUGUAAGACCAUUUGGAACUCAACGGUCCUGAGCCUCAAUCGCACUGCAGAUCAAAACAAAUGUUUUGCUGACCGCAAACGCAGACCUGCACCGCAGUAUCGACCUGGACAAAAGGUUUGGUUGUCGGCACGUGAUGUGCCCCUUAAAUCCAUGUCUAGGAAACUUUUGCCUCGUUUCAUUGGUCCCUAUGAGAUUGAGUCGGGAAUUAGUCCAUCUGCUGUUCGCCUUCCUGCAAGUCUUUGUAUCCAUCCCACAUUCCAUGUUUCCCAGAUAAAGCCAGUGGUCUCAAGUGACUAAAUUUUAUUAGAAAAUUACAUUAUUAUUUAACUAUGACAUUCAUUUUCUUUGAAAUGGCCAACAAUGCUUUAUAAAGUUUAAUGUAUACUUAAUUUUG